AUGUCGGCGAGAAACAUCAAGCUCUUCUUCGCGCGGUUCGUUUUGUUGGUCCUUUUAUGAUCUCGUACUGAUUUUCAGAUGGAAGUACUUGAUGUUCGCUUGCUGUGUCACAUAUCUUCUAGUCAUCUAUGCUCCUUUUCCAAAAUCAGUAGGCAACAAGUUCAAGUUCAUAUUUCUGAUCUGAUAAUUUCUAGAAUAAUAAGGGCUGGAGUGAAGGAGACAUUGCAAUAGACACCAAUCACGAAGCGGAGGUUCCACGAGAAGAAGUGCCCGCUGGGACCGCGGACAAUCCGAGCAAGAAGACGUUCCAGUUCAAUCCUGUUGGGAGGGAACCGUUCGAUGUGGAAGAGAUCCUCACUUACAGUCCUAUCAAACUGGAGGAACGGAUGAGUGCAAACGUUGAGAAAGGUUUCCCAUAAUCUGUUUCGUUCUAUCUUUAUGUUUUCUUCCAGGAAAGAAAAGAGUAAUCCUUUCGUGGAACGCCGGCCAUUCAGCCGAUAACCUUCAAGGAUGUCCGGAUUGGAAUUGCGAGUUCACGCAAGACCGUUCACGGGCGGCAGAAGCGGACGCGGUCCUCAUUGCUCAUCAGGAUCCGGAAUUCAAACGGCAUCCCGAACAGUACGUUGUCUACUUCAGUCAGGUACGCCAUACCAUAAAGUAUUAUGAUUUUCUGUUUGAUUUCAGGAGUCUCCUGCUAAUUCAGGAAUUCAACUUCCAUCUCCAGACUACAUAAAUAUGACGUUAGGAUUCAGACAUGACACUCCAGCCGGGUCUCCGUAUGGGUACACGGUUAAAUUGGGUCCCAAAUCAAAACUAAGAGGAAAAGUACUCAAAAGAGUCGAAUUGAACAGAUACAUGUUCAUGUUCAGGUUGUGGAUGAGACAUUAGUGGCAAGGAAGACGAAAGGAGCCGCUUGGUUCGUAAGUCAUUGCCAGACAAACAGCAGGAGAGAGGACUUUGUGAAACGUCUCCAGGUUAGUUGACAAGCAAUUCGAAGCAAAAUAAAGUGGUUUUUUAGAAGCAUUUGCCAGUGGACAUUUACGGAGGAUGCGGACCUCUGAAGUGUCCAAGAGGCAACGGAAAAUGUGAUACGAUGCUCAACACUGAGUAAGCCUGGAUGAACGUGCGCCAGGAGACGCUUUCUUUCAGUUAUCACUUCUACGUCACCUUUGAGAACUCAAUCUGUCAAGACUAUGUGACUGAGAAGCUGUGGAAAUCCGGAUAUCAGAACACGAUCGUUCCGUUGGUCAUGAAGGUUCGUUUCCAUUCUGAAAGCUGAUUGUCUUCAACUUUAUCACUUUUCAGAGAUCUCUCGUGGAACCAUUCGUCCCACCGAACAGUUUCAUCGCAAUUGACGACUUCAAAACAGUCAAGGAGAUGGGAGAUUAUCUGAACUACCUGAUGAACAACAAGACAGCUUACAUGUGAGUGUACCCUUCUCCCACGGAUCCAAUUAUUUCGGUUCGAAAGACUCGGCGACGUCCCUUCCGUCUACUUGACUAAUCCUGUAAUUUGCAGGGAGUACUUUGACUGGCGACGCGACUACAAAGUCAUAUUCCUCGACGGUUCGCACCACGACGUACUCGAACGUCCAUGGGGUUUCUGCCAAGUUUGCCGGAUGACGUGGACAAAUCCACGUCAGCGAGUGCUCAUUCCGAACUGGGAUGCGUACUGGAGACAGACUUGCGAGACGGACGGAGCGCUCGUCAAUUCCCUGUCUGAUUCCUAA